AUGGGCUCCCAACCAACCCCGCCGCCGAUCCGCCUGGCCAUCCUCGAGGCCGACACGCCCGUGCCCGGCGUCCGGGCCAAGUACGGCGGCUACGGCGGCGUCUUCACGGACCUGUUCCGACGGGCGUGCGGCUCGCUGUCGCCGCCCCAGAGCCUCGAGUCGCAGCUCGACCUCUCGGCGCACGACAUUGUCAACGACCUGGACUCGUACCCGGACCCAGAGACCCUCGACGCCGUGCUGAUCAGCGGGUCCAAGCACAACAGCUUCGAGAGCGACGAGUGGAUCCUGCGCCUCGUGCAGUACACGAAGCGCCUGCUCGAGGGCGGCCGCGUGCGCAUCAUCGGCGUGUGCUUCGGCCACCAGAUCGUUGCCCGCGCCAUGGGCAACGAGGUCGGUCGCAGCGUCCGGGGCUGGGAGCUCAGCGUGGUCGAAAUGGCGCUCACAGAGGAGGGAAAGAAGAUCUUUGGAAAGGAUACUCUGAGAAUUCAACAGAUGCACCGAGACGAAGUCCACAGCUACCCGCCCGGCACGAUACCGCUGGCGCACACCGAUGUUUGCGCCGUUCAAGGUUACUACAUACCGAAGCGACUGAUUGCGGUGCAAGGACAUCCCGAGUUUACAGAGCCCAUGGUUACGGAGAUCCUGGGAAUGCGGCACGAGGGCGGCAUCAUUGCGGACGGUGUCUACAAAGACGCUAUGUCUCGGGUUGGAAACGAGCAUGAUGGCGUGCUUAUUGCACAAGCCUUUUUGAAAUUCCUGCGAGAGUAA